AUGUCUGAACUUUCACCUAAAUUUUUAGCACCUUUCGUCACUGAUAAAAUUGGUGAUAAGUACAUCGCCCAAGUCCCAAAGAUAAUUCUUGAACAUCUUAACUCUCCGGAAUUUACAGUAGAUUUAUUCCCAGAAAAGAGACCAGGCUAUCAGAAAUUACACUUCAUUAGGACACAGUCCACAGCUGCAGACGAAGAUCAGUCAAUUGAAGCUUUAGUUCAAAAAGAAUUCAGUACAGAUAAAUGGGCAAGACAAGUCAAGGAAAGAUUAGCCAGAAGAGGCGUUCUUUCAUCUGUCAGAGAAAGAGAAGAAGAUAAUACAAUCUACUCUGCAUUCAGAGCUGAUGAUAAAUUCACAGUUAAAAUCGAUGGUCUUCCAGAACCAUUCGAUAAAAGCGAUGUCGUGGAUCUCCUUCAUGAUUGUGGUUGCAACUACUUCGAAUAUAUUAACAUUCCAAGAGAUAGAGAAACAAACGAAAACAAACCUGUUGCAUUUGUUCACUUCUUACACUUAAGACAUGCCAUUCUCUUCAUUGAAAACAACCCACAAAUCAGAAUCGGUAGAUUCAUCUUAACUCCAAUUCUCGUUCCUUAA